CGUCACACACACACCCACACUCACUCAGUGAACGAGGCUCGUCUCUGAAACACACUCACACAGUAGUUCUGCUUUAUUUUCAUCCGCCGCAGCUUCCUCAUCAUCAUCUUCAUCAUCACCAUCAUCCUCAUCAGUUGUCUGCCAGUCAUCCAUCAUGCACAGCAAGGAUCAGAUCAGUCAUGAUGAAUACCAGAAGACAGCUGACUGGUUGAUGUCUCAGACCAAGCAUCGCCCCCAGGUGGCGAUUAUCUGUGGGUCUGGACUGGGGAUGCUCGCUGACACGCUCAAGUGUCAGGACUCCUUCGCUUAUUCUGACAUCCCAGGCUUCCCUCAGAGCACAGUUCAGGGUCACGCAGGUCGACUGGUGUUCGGGGAGCUGAAGGGGAAGACGUGUGUGUGCAUGCAGGGUCGCUUCCACAUGUAUGAGGGACACUCACUCGCCAAGACAACGUUUCCCGUCCGGGUCUUCAAGCUGUUGGGGGUGGAGACUCUGAUCGUGACGAACGCAGCCGGCUCAUUGGCUGAUGGUUUCCAUCCUGGUGACAUCAUGAUCAUCAAAGACCACGUUAACUUCCCAGGAUUGGUCGGCCUGAACCCGCUCUCUGGACCCAACGACGACAAGUUCGGCCCCCGGUUCCCAGCCAUGUCAAGUUGCUAUGACAAAGACCUGCGUUGUCUGGCACUGGACAUCGCCAAGCAGCAGGGCGUGUCCGGCUUCAUGCAGGAGGGCGUGUACGCCAUGGUGGGGGGGCCCAACUUUGAGAGCAUCGCCGAGGCCAGGCUACUGCAUCGGCUGGGGGUGGAUGCUGUUGGUAUGAGUACAGCUGCUGAGGUGGUCGUGGCCACUCACUGCGGUCUGAGAGUCUUUGGUCUUUCUCUGAUCACCAACAAGGUGGUGAAGAGCUACGAGGACUCUGAGAGCGUGAACCAUGAUGGCGUCCUGGAGGUCGGCCGGCUGCGUUCCCUCACCGUCCAGCAGCUGGUGACUGAACUGAUCAGCAGGAUCGAGAUCAAUAACAACGACGACUCCAAAAAUGCUGUCUGAACACACACACACACACACACACACACAAACACACUCACGUAUUGUGUAUAUAUUUAUUGUAUUUACAAUAUUUUUUAGAGCUUCCUGCUGUUUGUUUUUGUCAUACAUAUUUUUUAUUAUUUUCUGUCAUAAAAAAUGUAUUUAUAUCAACACAGUGCCUAAUAAUGCUUUAUCUGAAUGUAAGUAUUAAUUUAAGAUAUUUUUAACCCAAAGAUUAAUAUUACAACCAUCACUGUGUCUGAUGGUGCUUGAAUUCAAAAAUAAUAUAUGAGACAAAGAUUGUUUUUGUGUUCUUUUGGUCAUUGUUCCUGUUGAAUUAUGGAACCUUAUUUUGUAAAAAUCACAAAUUUAUUGAUCCAUGUUAAUCUGAUUAAAA